AUGCCGAUGGUCACUGUAGCAACUUUGCCCGAACUUGACGCAGCAGAAGCGCUCCUUGAAUUACAAGGAGAAAUGAGAGAACUACAACCUGAACGAUUCGAAUUUGAAAUCAACCCGUCCCGGCCCCAGUGUUCAAAAAACAUCACCAAGUACGCCUUACUUAAAAAGCAACUCCCAGUAUGGUUCCAGUCGGUUUACGACAAGGCUGGAACCGCCUUGCAAGAAACGUUUGCUUCAAAAAAAAACAACUGGUCAAGCCGCAAAAAGCAUGUUGGUCUGAAGUCAUUACUUAAUCUGGACUAA